UGUCUGAAACAAUUAAUUAAAUAUAAAAUGCAAAUGAACAGUAUUGGAAUAACAACAAAAAUAUUCCAAAUAAAAAACAAAAAUAAUUUAAAGAAAAUUAGGAAAAGAAAAAAAUAUUUUAAUAAUUAUAUUUUAAAUAAAACAACGAAAAAUUAUUUAAUUUUUAUUUUUUCUACAAUUAUUUUAAUUGAAAGGAUAAAAGAAGUAGAAUUAUUUACAGCAUGUCAAGGUUGUUCUCCUCCUUGUAUAUGCCCUGGACAAAAGGGAGAACAGGGCCUUCCUGGUUUCCCAGGCAAACAAGGCUUUCAUGGAGCACAUGGCAUUGAUGGACCAGAAGGACCUAAUGGAGUGGAGGGAAUGCAAGGAUCUGAAGGAGAUUUUGGCGAUGUUGGCCCUAAAGGCUUGCGUGGUGAUAGAGGACUGCCUGGGGCGCAUGGUCGUGAAGGAAUGCCUGGAUUAGAUGGAUUACCUGGCCUGCCUGGAGAAAUGGGGCCACCUGGCUGUAAUGGAACAGAUGUAAAUUGUUAA